AUGGGAUUUGAUUCUUCAGCUGAUACUGAAUUGCAAGAAUUUUUAGCAGUUGAACAACAAAAGGCCAUGUUUCAGUUACAUAUACAUAGGUUAACUAAUCAUUGUUGGGAUGCAUGUGUUGAUCAGCCAAAAGAAAAAUUUUCUCAGAGGAACGAAACCUGUUUAUCGAAUUGUGUUGAACGUUUUCUUGAUGUAUCUUUACUUAUAUCAACUCGUUUUCAGCAAAUGUUGCAAAAAUCAUUGAACAACUAG